CGCAUCAGCCAGCAUUACAGUGAGACCGACACAGAGAGAGAGAGAGAGAGAGAGAGAGGGACCAAUAUGGCGUCGGCGAUGAUGAGAUCCAGCUUACGCUCCGCUCUCCGCGGUGGUUCCGGCCGUGGAGGUUUAGCUUCCAAGCGUAAUUUCUCUUCAGCUUCCCAUCACGAUGAGGCUCAGGAAGCAGCCAAAUGGGAGAAAAUCACUUAUGGGGGAAUCGUUGCUUGCACUAUCCUCGCUGGUGUUAUUCUUUCUAAGGGUCACCCCCACCAUGAUGAGCCUCCUGCAUAUCCGUACAUGCAUAUCCGAAACAAGGAGUUUCCAUGGGGUCCAGAUGGCCUUUUCGAGACUAAGCACCAUUGAUAAUCCACCAACCAUCCUUGUCUGUAAUAAGUGGUUGGUUAACAUGUCUUUUGUUAGAAGGUCAAGGCUUCAAACCCGUUCUCAAGAUGCUGUUUUGUAGUGUAUCCAAUACUUGGGUUUCUUAUACUCUUCUUAUAUUGGAAACAAAAAUAUGUAUGGGAUACAGGGAUAGCUUGAAUUUACUCAUUCCUUCCGGUUCUUAUGUUUAUUGUAUGUUUAUUUAAAAUAAACACAUGCAAUUUAUUUAUGGAAUUGACUUUACACCAAGGCUACUUAUGGAGUUAUGGAUUGCCUUCCCAUUCAUAUCAAUUCUCUCAAUUGUGGA